AUGGUGCCUCUCACAUUUGGCAUAUCCGAGUACCUGCUCGUGCUACUAGGCAUACUAUUUGCGCAUAAAGGCACGCAGGUUAUUUACCGCGUAUACUUCUCUCCACUUGCCAAAUUUCCAGGUCCACGCUUGGCAGCAGCAACCAGUCUCUACGAGUUCUAUUUCGACGUUAUUAGAGACGGCCAGUUCAUGUUUGAACUUAACCGUUUACAUGACAAAUACGGCCCUAUCCUCCGCAUCAAUCCUCACGAGCUGCAUAUCAAAGACCCCAGCUAUUACGAUACCCUCUAUGGUGGGCCAUUAAAUAAAAGAGACAGAUUGCCUUCGUUUACUCAAACGGGAUUGCCCCUAUCAGCCUUCGAGACUGCGCCACAUGGUCUUCAUCGUGAGCGGAGGAAAUUACUAGGCCCAUUCCUUUCAACACAAUCGGUUACAAACCUCCAGCCUCUCAUCCAGGAAAAGGCGGAUCUGGUUUGUAACCACCUGUCCAGAAGGGUUGGCACAGGGGAGUUUCUCGACUUGCACUCUAUCUUAGUUUCUUUCGCCGCAGAUGUGCUGUCCGCGUAUGUGCUUGGCCGCGAGAAUUGCUAUGGAUACUUGGACAGAGCAGAGGUAACAGAUGAAUGGAAGAAGACUGUUAACAGCCUCUUUGAGGUACUGCUUCUUGUCAGGCAUGUCCCGUCACUAUUCGGCCUAUUGCACAUUUUUCCCAAGGCUACCGCCUGGAUAUUGCCCCCCUUUCAUUGGAUUUAUAAACUCCAAACAGAAAUUAGUCAACAUGUGAAGGCUGUGUACGACAAACCAGACGGGGAAUCGAUGGUAUCGACUAUUCUCUCCAACGAGAAAGUACCUGGCACUGAAAAAGAACUCGAGCGCAUGACGGAUGAACUGAAGUUUCUGUUAAUUGCUGGGUCGGAUGCACCGUCCCAGGUAAUGGCGAUAACCCUGUUCCAUCUCCUCUGGAAUCCAGAACCAUACCAAAAACUCAAAGCCGAGUUAGAUGAAGCUUUCCCCGUUGUGGCCGAUGCGGACUGGACUAAGUUGAAGAAUCUCCCUUAUCUGGUGCACAAGUCUGCUGUGUUGAAAGAAGGUCUACGACUUUCUGCGGUUGUGACAACAAGACUUCCUCGUAGUGCACCAGAGGAAGCUUUACAGUACGGAAAAUGGACCAUUCCACCCGGGACGCCUGUCGGCAUGACCACCCAUUCCAUUCUACGAAGCCCCGAUAUCUAUACCAACCCAAUGAAAUUCAUGCCAGAACGCUGGAUGGGCCCAGCUGAGGAAGUCCGUGUACUGGAUAGAUACCUCGUUCCAUUUGCGAAGGGAAAUUCAAGCUGCAUGGGCCAAAGACCAAUGGCGCUUAUAUACAUUAGCAUGACCUACUCGUGGAUGUACGCAAUUAUAGGCACCUUGAUACGCAGAUUCCAAUUGGAGCUUCACGACACUGAUGAGAAGAACAUUCACAUUGUUCGAGACUGCUUCAAUGGACAGACAGUUCCGGGGCUCAAUUUGAUCAAUGUUAAGGUCGUCAAAGAAUUCAACUAG